GGCUUCCUGUGGUUGACAUGCUCGGGGAAAGUUCAAAAUGGCGGAUGAAAUAGCUGGGUCGUCCGCCAGCAAUGAUGAACAGAUUUACACAAACGAACAAGAAAAAAUCGGAACUUUCUCAGAAGAGAUUGAAAACAAUAUKACCAGUAAUGACAACUGYGGCAACGAAGAGUCGUCUAUUAGUGCUAAAGAACAACUUAGUGUGGAAGAGAAAGAAAAAGACUCGGCUGACGAGGAAGAUUUAGAGAAAACUCCACCUGAAUUAGUGAAUUUUCGUGUUGUUUGGAACAAGAAGAGUUAUGAUGUCCAAUUUGAUGUCGGCUUGACUGUCGACCAACUCAAAGAACAUAUACAAGGGUUGACAGGUUUACCUGUCUCUAUGCAGAAGCUUAUGUAYAAAGGUCUCUUAAAGGAUGGCACAAAAAUAUUACGUGAUGUGAAUAUUACCAGUGGAUGUAAAAUGAUGGUUGUUGGAUCAACUAUAAAUGAUGUAUUAAAGGUUACUCCUCCAGCUCCAAGUCAGAUAAAAGAGGAAAAGGGAGCUACAGCAUCAACAAAAGAACCACUUUGCAAGCAAAAGAUGCAUAAAAAAGUGUUGGAUAAAGGGAAACCAGAUGAUAUUUUACCUGGAAUAAAGAAUAGAAAGGAAAGCUUACCAAAUGUGCCACUCUCUGGCAUGUAUAAUAAAUAUGGCAGUAAAGUAAGACUAACAUUUAAACUAGAACUCGACCAAUUAUGGCUUGGGACAAAAGAACGAACUGAAAAGAUACCAAUGGGUUCAAUAAAGAAUGUAGUAUCAGAAGCUAUAGAAGGCCAUGAAGAAUACCACAUCCUAGCCAUCCAGUUGGGUCCAACAGAAGCAUCAAGAUAUUGGAUCUAUUGGGUGCCUGCUCAGUAUGUUAAUGCCAUCAAAGAUACAAUAUUAGGGAAAUGGCAGCCAUUCUAGAGAAACUGUUGCAGAAUUUGAUUAAAUAUACUGUAUAAACAACAAGGCAACAACACUUAACUUUAAACAAGAAACGUGCACAAUAGA